UAAGAGCUGAAUUGUUUAGCUUUUUUAGUUUCGUGUCCUUAUUGUUAUUUGUUUGACGUUUCUACUAUUGAUGUCAAUCUUUUUUUUAAACUGAACCAGAUCUACACACCGAUCUCAAUGCACACAACAACAUUUAAGAAUCUAAAGGCAUGAUUGAAGGCUCACCACAGUCACGGGAGCCUUACAAAAAGGUCUGAACAUCAAAUCCUCCGGAGAAACUACCUGUGGACCACCUUUUACUUGUGGAACAUAUUAAUUGUCAGUCAGCAAUGUCUGCCCCUGAAGUACCUCCACAAACCCAGCAGCUUUCAAGACAACCAGACAAUCCAGGGAAAUGCACAACAUAUUCAAUUCGUGCACUAGCAGCAGUUGGUGGAAUCAUUUGUAUAAUUACAGGCUGCUUGACUUUCAUCACUAUUUCUCCGAUGUGUAUUGUUGCUGGCAUAUAUCUCAUACUCCUUGGUUUACUUGUUGAGAUGUUAGAGGCUCCAAUUUGUUGCCAGUACUUCACACUGACUGAUAAGAUAAACAAAUGGGGCUCUAAUCUACCUGCCUGGGUCAAAGCUUUGAUGUAUUUCGUAUUACCUAUAUUUGCCAUGGUUAUGUGCCAAGGACUCAGUACUAUCAUUGGGGCACUUGUCAUUAUUGCUGUGGGCAUCCUGUAUGGCGUAGUCUUCAUUGGCAAAAAGGGGGAUGGUGUGCGAGCAGCUCAAGCACAUCGGCGAUUUGACAAUGUGGAGCUUGAAGAAGAAGCAGAAGAACAUAGGUUCAGUAAAACCAAACCAUAAAACUAAACGAAAUUACAUAAUAUGUGUGGAUCAGAAAGUAGGAGAAAAUAAUUAUAAUCACAAAUUUAAGUUACAUAAUUUUGUCAUUUUGUGGUUCUAAACACAUGGAGUUUGUCACUCACAAAAGAAACUGUAUAGUCCUUGAGGGGCCAUUCAGAAUAGUCUAUAUUAACAAAAAUAAUGUUUUCUCUUAAAUUGUUUUGACUCACCAUCCAUUCCCAAGUUUUGCACUGUGUAAGGCGAAACCCUGUGUCCCACCAUGGGCAUUAAUCCUGGGGGGAAAUGAUAACACAGCUUUUUGAAUGGUGGGGGACACUAUAUCAAAUGUCUCCCCCUCAAAAUUAGCCCUAGAUUGCAUCACAGAUCGAGCAUCUGAAAUGCAAAAUUUUCCCAGGCCCUUAAUCAGGCCUGCACCCCACGCCGGAAAGUCUUCUCACACACAUGCUCCAUCGUUGACAGAUUUGCAUCUCCGCUUGAAAGAGUGGAAGGGAUCCCCACCCCCACUCCAUUUUCGAAGGGUGGAGGACACAAUAUCAAAUGUCCCCCCCCAAAAAAAAAAUUGGCCCAAGAUUGCAUCACGGAGCAUCUAAAAUGCAAAAUUUUCACGGGCCCUUAAUCGGGCUUCUCACAUGCAUACUCCAUCAUUGACAGAUUUGCACCUCCCUUUAAAAGAUUGGAAGAGACUAGUCCUCCUCCACCCCAUUUUCGAAGGGUGGGGGACACAAUAUCAAAUGUUCCCCGUGUCUUUUGUCUAGAAUGCAAAAUUUGUCCAUGCCGUAAAGGCUUCACACUCUCAUGCUCACUCUUUGACAGAUUUGCCCCCUAACACUUGUGUCAUAGAUUCGCACCUGAAGAUGCUGUUAACUCAAAAGGUUCUACUGCUACCAUAGAGUGAUAAGAACUAGAGGGCGCACUGGCCUAUAUACGCGACCCAGCAUGCGCCAAGCAAUCAAGUUGACAAAACAGCAUCACACAGUGUGUGUUUGCGCGGCCAUUUUGUAAGUUGACAAAACAGCAUUGCGUAGCGUUCAAUAAACACAAACUCAAACGUUUCUCCUUGCGGUCCCGUCGCAUUUUGUGCAAGAAGUAUCAUAAGUGCGCCCUUUCAAGAGAAGUCUUUCACCACUACCUUCUGUAAGUUUUUUGUAAAUCUGUGAACUUUUUUUUGUUUCUGUUCCG